CAACAAAUUUGUUUCUCUCUGUAUGUGAAAGUAAGAAGGAUGGUGGUUACAAGUUUGGUGGAAAACAAGGAAUUUUUAGCAGAUAGAAGAAUUUCUUUUUCUUCCUUCCAAUUUCUCAUGUGAUUUUCAAUGAUUUGAGGAUUGGGGAAUAAAGCUCUUUGGAUAGAUUCCUUACGUCUAUAUGUGGAGCUAGAUUAAGUCCUUAUCUGUUUUUUUAGUUUUUUUUUUCUUUUUCUUUCAUUUCUUUUGGUGAUGAUAUUUGAGGACCAUGAGGUUCUUAAGUCUUGUUGGAAAUUCCUUUGGGUGCUCCGCAUCUGGGGAGCGCUUGGUUUCGGCUGCAAGAGAUGGGGAUCUCCAAGAAGCCAAGGCUUUAUUGGAGUAUAAUCCUCGCCUUGCAAGGUAUUCUACUUUUGGUGUUCGCAAUUCGCCCCUCCAUUAUUCUGCAGCUCAAGGCCACCAUGAGAUUGUCUCUCUCUUGCUCGAAUCGGGGGUAGAUAUCAAUCUCCGGAAUUAUCGGGGACAGACUGCUUUGAUGCAAGCUUGUCAAUAUGGUCACUGGGAGGUUGUUCAGACUCUGGUUUUAUUCAGAGCCAAUAUCCACAGAGCAGAUUAUCUCAAUGGGGGUACUGCACUCCACUUGGCUGCUCUGAAUGGUCAUUCUCGAUGCAUGCGGCUAACCCUUGCUGACUACAUUCCUAGCAUUCCUAAUUUUUGCAGUAUCCUAAGGAAAAGAUCAAGAAAUGAAGAUUCUAUUUUAGAAUUUGAUGAAGGUGCACUCUAUGAGGUCAUAAACAGACCUGCCGAUGGGGGCAUCACUGCCCUCCAUAUGGCUGCACUGAAUGGGCAUGUCGAAAGUGUGCAAUUACUUCUGGACUUGGGGGCUUCUGCUGCCGAGGUCACUGUGGAAGAUGGGACUACAAUUGAUUUAAUAGGGGCAGGAAGCACACCCCUUCAUUAUGCCGCAUGUGGUGGAAAUGCGCAGUGUUGUCAGAUUUUGAUUGCCAGGGGUGCCAGUCUUACUGCCGAAAAUUCAAAUGGGUGGACUCCCUUGAUGGUUGCUCGUUCAUGGCGUAGAGAUUGGCUUGAGGAAAUUCUUAGCAGACGGCAACGGUGCCAACAACGAGUUCUUCCUUCAUCAUAUUUAUGUCUUCCUCUUAUGAGCAUUGUAAACGUUGCUAGAGAAUGUGGAUGGAGAAGCAGAGAAUGCCUCCCUACAUGUGUGGACCCAUGUGUUGUUUGUUUUGGAAAGAAAGUGCACAGUAGCUGCAGAAGGUUGUUUUCACGAGUUCUGUACGCAGUGUGCCUUAUACCUAUGUUCCACAAACAGCACCUCAACUGUAGCUCAUGGUCCUCCUGGCUCAAUUGGCUGCCCCCUCUGCCGGCACGGGAUUGUUUCAUUUGUCAAGCUUGA